UACAAAAAUCUUACCAACUGCCAGUUUUACAUGGGCCAAAGCGCCCAGAGCCCACCAGGAAACCGCGCCCGACAAUGUUACAAUUGCGGAAGAGAGGGCCACCUCUCCCGGGAUUGCGCCAAGCCCAGGGGUGUAGUUGGUGGUAGCGGCGGCGGCAACGGUAGUGGUCGUGGUGGCAGAAGGCGUCGGGGAGGUGGUGUUGGCAGAGGCAGGGGCGGUGGCGUCGCUGGCGGUGGCAGUGGCAGGGGAGGUGGUGGCGGCGGCGGCGGCAGUGGUCGUGAUGGUGGAAGGCGGCGGGGAGGUGGCAGAGGAGAUGACCAUCCAAGGCCCCUCUCCAGAUCCCGCUCACCAUUAUCACGGGCACCAUCAAACGAGGUCCGUCGACAGCGACAGCGCGACGAUCGUCGUGAUGGGGGAAGGCGGCUGGGAGGAGGCAGAGGCGAUGACGAUCGAAGGCCCCUCUCCAGAUCCCGCUCCCCAUCAUCAAGAGCGACGUCGAACGUGGUCCCUCGUCGACGGUCCUCGAGGCCACCGUCCAGCGUUGAGCUCAACGUUGAGAGCAUCGGCUCGCCACCACCAAACGCUGAGGUCCGUCGGCAUCGACAGAGCGACGAUCGUCGUGAUGGUGGAAGGCGGCUGGGAGGAGGCAGAGGCGAUGUCGAUCGAAGGCCCCUCUCCAGAUCCCGCUCCCCAUCAUCACGAGCGACGUCGAACGUGGUCCCUCGUCGACGGUCCCCGAGCCCUGCUUCGCCACCGUCCAGCGUUGAGCUCUACUUCGAGGAGUGCGGUACGCCACCGCCAAACGCCGUAAGCAUAUAUUUAUAUACAUUUAUUUAGGUGUUUGAUAUUGAUAAUUUUAUUCUAAUUUAACUUCAUUUUCAGAAAUCAGUUCCUCCCAAGACUCCCAAGAUCACGGGGCAAAACGAUGUAAAGGAUAUAAUAUAAAUACUUUAGUUUUUGAAUUUAAUAAAUCUAAUCAAACAUAUUAUUUUCAGGUACCGAGAGCUCGAGUAGAAGCGAAGUGAGCGAGAAGUAAGGUUUUUAACAAGGAACAUUUUUUUCUCAACAAACAAUUUUCUACGUUUGUCCUUUAUGUUUUUUU